AAUAUUCAAUGGCUUCGCAGGUGAGUAUUAUUCCCAGAGACGGGCUCCCGCAGAUUCCCGCACGUGCUUCCGCUGUACGAGGCUCAAGUGUUGAAACAUUUCCACCUUGUUCCCACCACAUAAUUCCCAGAAUUGUCAUUCUUGCGACCCCACGGGUCGAGAUUAAAUUGAUGCGGGUCGCAGUCAAAGCUAAAGUCUUGAUACCGUGUCUAGUGGCAGUCAUCAGCUUCAGGGAAUCGUACGCUGACCUGCUUGCUAUUCCUUCUUAAGACGGUUUAUCUCCACUAUGGCAUCAUCAAAUCCAAAGGUGUGGUUUGUCACUGGGGCGUCUUCGGGUUUUGGUCGAGCAGUUACCGAAGUCAUGCUUCAGAGAGGAGACAAUGUUGUUGCGACUCUGCGGAAACCUGCUAUGCUAGAUGACCUCGCAAAUGUAUACUCACAGAAUCGGCUUCUCGUCUUGCCUCUGGACGUCACAGUUCCUUCUGAUAUCACUACCGUUUUUCUCAAAGCGCGCGAGACAUUUGGCCGCAUCGACGUUGUUUUCAACAAUGCGGGACUAUGCAUAAUCGGUGAAGCGGAAGGCAUGCCUGAUGAUGACGCAAAACUCUUGUUCGAUACAUUGUUUUGGGGUGCCGCAAAUGUCACGAAAGAAGCUGUGACAACGUUUAGAGAUUUGAACCAACCCCCUGGGGGACGUCUCUUGCAAAUGUCAUCUCGCGGAGUCCUGCGAGUCAUUCCAGGGGUAGCGCACUACGCCGCAGCUAAAGCAGCUCUUGAAUCUCUUUCGGAAGGGUAUGCUGCUGAGUUGGAUCCAGCAUGGAAUAUCAAGAUCACUAUUCUUCAACCUGCUCGCUUCCGUACUGCCGCACCCUGGACCAAUGUUCUCGUGCCAGUCCAUCCUGCGUACUCUGAUCCAAAUUUACCUUCUAGACAAUACCGCAGCAUAUAUCCAGGAGCUGAACUUUUUUCGGACGGAGACAUCUACAAGUUCGCAGCCCAGAUUCAUAGGCUCGUGCAACUAGAAGAUCCUCCGUUUUAUCUCCCGUUGCACAGAACAGCAUUGGAAGCGGCAAAGAUCAAGGGCCAAAAGUUGUUGCAAGCUGUCGAAGAUUACGGUAGUUGGUCAGAUGAUGUAUAUCUCGACGAGGAAAACUGUCAGGGGCGAGCAUGAUUUUGUAAACUUGUUUCAUGCGCUGAUUUCCGACAUGCAGUGUCCUUGAGGGAUGCUCAAUUCUAAAAUGUUGUUAUCGUUCGGGACUCGGGCACCAACUUAAGCCUAUCUUGAACGGGACUACAAUGUGCCUAAACCUUAAUUCUAGUACUUAAUCCAUGAUGCAUGCUCGAAAUAGGACAUCCAGCUGACUUCGCGAAAUCGUCCAAUUUCCACUUUUCCGCUUCGUUAUCUACUAAAGAGAU